AUGCGCAAGUGCUUCAGCACAUGCACAAGAGUUUUUAGUCAUGAAAACCCCUUAGGUCUCCCUCGCUCUCCUGCACCAGGCGGCAAAGGACCACCACCUACACUCCCACGCGCCCAACGCAGUCUCCCUCAAAAGCGCCCGCUGCGCAAUGUGCGACACACCAUCGCCGUUUCCUCCGCCAAAGGCGGCGUCGGCAAGUCCACGCUAGCUGUGAACCUUGCGCUCUCCUUCUCCAGGCAUGGUUUGCGGACGGGGAUUCUGGACACGGACAUCUUUGGCCCUUCGAUCCCCACGCUGCUCGGGCUUUCAGAUGCGGGCGAGCCAAAACUCACACAACAAAACAUGCUGGUUCCUCUAACGAGCUACGGACUCAAGAGCAUGUCCAUGGGCUACCUAUUACCGAGCGAGUCGGCCCCGGUAGCAUGGCGCGGGUUAAUGGUGAUGAAAGCUUUACAACAACUCCUGCAUGAAGUCGACUGGUCUCCGGGGCUCGACGUACUUGUCCUUGACCUCCCACCCGGCACGGGCGACGUGCAGUUGACAAUUGGCCAACAAGUCGAAAUGUCCGGGGCAGUGAUUGUGUCGACACCGCAGGACAUUGCGUUGAAAGACGCCGUCAAGGGCGUGGAGAUGUUCCGCAAGAUGCACAUCGAGGUGCUGGGCAUGGUGCAGAAUAUGAGCGUCUUCGUGUGUCCACACUGUCACCAGGAAACCAGGAUCUUCGCCAACAGUCGCGAUCAGAACGCGCACAACGGCCUAGGCGGGGCGGAGACCAAAGCUCAAGAAUUGGGCGUCGAUUUUCUGGGCGACAUCCCUCUGGAUGCCAGGAUUUGCGCCGACGCAGACAGGGGCAUGCCUACGGUCGUCGCCGAAGAGGCAAGCGGUGUGAAAGUCAACACGGGCUAUUAUGAACGUAUUGCCGAGAAAGUUGCCCGAAAGAUUGGGCUAAGCUGGCAAUGA